AUGAAUUUCAAUUAUAGCUCAAAUCAACCUCCUCAACAACAACAACCACAACAACAUGGCUUGUAUGGUUUCAACGCUCAACCUCAUCCUGGAGCUACUAUUUCAACCACAAAUGGAAUGUAUGUUCAUCCACAGCCUUUUGCUCAACCACAAAUGUACAUUCAACCACAACCACAAACCUACGUUCAACCAACUUGUAAUUACUCAUCAACCGUGUCAUGUGGCAUCUCUCAUCAACCUCAAAUGAGUUCUGGUGGCUCAUUAGCUCAACAAAUCCUUGCUGCCUGUAGAAAUUCUUCGUUUGACAGUGACAAAGUCAAAGCUGUUCAAAAUUGUUCCACCUCUCUAUGUUCACCUGUUAGCGCCAAUGACUUGGUUAGCAUUUUGCACUUUUUCGGAAUGGAUAAUGAUAAAGUUAAGGUUUUGAAUCAAUUGAAACAAACAAACAACAUUGCCUUAAUGACAGGAUCUGAAGCUGCCUCAAUUAUCAGAACUUUCAACUUUGACAAUGAAAGAAUUAGAGCAUUGGAUGCAAUUGUCAAUUCCAUUUAUGAUAGAAAACAAAAUCAAUCUGAGGAAGCUGUUGUUGCAGCAUUUGGUUUCUCUGAUGAUAUUAAUAGAGCUAGAAAUUUAAUGCAAACUCGUUAA